AUGCCGAUGACACUUUGGGAGUUACAUGGACACAUGCCUCCGCGUGGCUGUCAGAUCCGUCCAAAGGCUGUUGACCAGGUUUACCUCGUUCUCGCCGGUAUCAUUAAGCCCCAAGAGAACAAGGCCUGGCCCAUCCGUCCGAAUACGGACCAUCCGCUGGUGCGAGAGUUCUACGAGGCGACCGUCAACGAGAUGGAAACAGCGCCUGUCCUGGCAACUGCCCUGUCGACUACGGGUGCUGCAUCGGUCGAGUUCUCACCUCCAAAAAUCGCGCAGCCAUAUACAGCGGCCGAGAUCAGCAUCGAGCAAGAGCAGGAAGAGGUAUCUAGAUAUCAACAGGAUGUUGUGGACGAUGAGAACGGGGCAGAGAAACGCGCGUUGCCGCAGAUGACGGUUGAGCAGCUGCUUGAUGUGAUUGGAGAGAAGGAUGCGAAGCUGGCAGAACAGGGCAAAGAGCUUGAAGAGGUGAAAGCUAUGAUCGGAAUAAGGGACGAAUACCACCGGAGGUGGAUGGACGAGAAAUAUGACCGGAUUCGUGAGUAA